GAGCCCGCUUGGAAACGCAGCAGUGACCGCCUGCCCUAAUGAGAGGAAACGAGUCUGAAUUCUCGCGAUCAAUAGUUCUGACCAGCGUUUAAUCAAAAACGCUAUGCAAGUUAAUCCAAAGCGCUCUUCCCGCCAGCCAAUCUUAGGCUUUAAGAGGCGGGGGAUAAAGAGCAACAUGUGCAAGAUGAUCCCCUAAUACACUGUCCGACAGAGAACGGAGCGCUAGAAACUUUUCAGAUUAGCCCAAGUUUGCAUCUAAGAUGAUAUCGAUAAAACGCUUGACAUCUCCGCUCUCCUUGUCCUGGGAGCAGACGCUGAUAUGUUUGCUCGGUUUGUUCACGACACUCUUUAUUCUGCUGGUCAUUCGCCAGCUCGUAAAGCAGCGGAGACCCCGAGGGUUUCCCCCCGGACCGACACCUUUGCCCAUUAUAGGGAAUAUGCUUUCCCUCGCCACAGAGCCUCACGUCUACAUGAAGAGGCAGAGUGACAUCCACGGACAGAUUUUCAGUCUAGACCUGGGAGGAAUCCCGACUGUGAUUCUAAAUGGUUAUGAUGCCAUUAAAGAAUGCCUGUAUCACCAAAGUGAGGUUUUUGCAGACCGCCCGUCCCUCCCUUUAUUUCAGAAGAUGACAAAAAUGGGAGGACUCCUGAACUGCAAAUACGGCCGAGGCUGGAUUGAACACCACAAACUGGCUGUGAACUGCUUCCGCUACUUUGGCAGUGGCCAGCGGAUGUUUGAGAGGAUUUCUGAAGAGUGCCUAUAUUUUCUUGAUGCCAUCGACCAGCACCAAGGCAAGCCUUUUAACCCCAAGCAUCUGGUGACCAAUGCGGUGUCCAACAUCACCAACCUCAUCAUCUUUGGCCAGCGCUUCACCUACGACGAUGGGGAUUUUCAGCACAUGAUUGAGAUCUUCAGUGAGAAUGUGGAGCUGGCAGCCAGCAGUUGGGCUUUCCUAUACAACGCCUUCCCCUGGAUGGAGUACCUGCCCUUCGGGAAGCACCAGAGGCUGUUCCGCAAUGCCAACGAGGUCUAUAAGUUCCUCCUGCAAAUCAUCAGGCGCUUCUCGCAAGGCAGGGUUCCCCAGUCGCCGCAACAUUACAUCGAUGCCUACUUGGACGAAAUGGAGCAAAGCACCCCUGAUAAAGCCACUUCUUUCUCUCAAGAUAAUCUGAUUUUCUCAGUUGGAGAACUGAUCAUCGCGGGCACAGAAACCACCACAAAUUGUCUGCGCUGGGCUAUGCUCUACAUGGCUCUGUAUCCCAGGAUACAAGAAAAGGUCCAAAUGGAGAUCGAUAGUGUCCUGAAUGGCAGACAACCUGCUCUUGAAGACAGGCAGAGGAUGCCGUAUGUGGAGGCAGUGUUGCAUGAAGUUCUGCGCCUCUGCAAUAUUGUCCCACUGGGAAUCUUCCGCGCCACAUCUCAAGACGCAGUGGUGCGUGGCUACACCAUUCCCAAGGGCACCAUGGUCAUCACGAACUUGUACUCUGUACACUUUGAUGAGAAGUACUGGAGUGACCCGUCCAUCUUCUGCCCAGAGCGCUUUCUAGACUGUAAUGGCAAAUUCAUCCGUCAUGAAGCGUUUCUCCCCUUCUCCAUAGGUAAGAGACACUGUUUGGGAGAGCAGCUGGCCAGGCUGGAGAUGUUCUUGUUCUUCACUACAUUGCUCCAGAGGUUUCACCUUCAGUUCUCAGAAGGCUUUAUUCCAAGCCUCUCUGCGAAAUUGGGCAUGACCCUUCAGCCUCAGCCGUAUUCCAUAUGUGCCAUCAGGAGGCAGCAGUAAAACUUUCCUGCUUUGAGGUCUGGAACGCGCUCACUCACCUCAGGGGAUCCUACCAAGAAACGUCAAAUGCAGAGCAGUUUCCAAGUCUUAAAUUCCAUCCCCUUUCAAACGGGCAAUACUGACCUCUGAUAUUGACUUGCUAAAUUCUCUGAACGUGUCCUCCGUAGAUUCACAGAAACCAGCCUGAGAGUGAUAAGAGAACUGUUACAGAACACAUGGUGUGAGGCACACAGAAUGAGGACAUGUGUGUUACAGAACACGGACAUACAAGAGAGUAUCAAGAUGAAGUGUAGCAUGUAUCUUUGAUAACUUGAAUUGAAAACGUGUACUGUGUAACAAAGUGAAUGUUGUGCUUGUCAAUACGAGAAGAGCUAUUGUGUCAAUGAUUGACAGGGUUUACCUCUAUGAUGGUUUGGAUGGCCUGUCUUUUUCAGCAUUCCUUGAAUUUCCCCAUUUCUGGAGGAAAGCGAGAGGAGAACAGCUGCCUUUCUCAGAAAGUUUUGGAAAUGCUUCAGGACUCCCGUUGGUUUAAUGCCAUAGAUCAGUUGUGCAAUAAUAUCAGCCCAGUCCCUAGUUCAUCUCCCUGGAAAGAGAUUAUCUGGAAACUUGAGCUGCAAUUUUUCUGAGGAAAAAACCAUGGUGCUAUCCUGAAAAACUGCACUGCAAUAUACAUUUUAUAGUAUAUCUUUCUCUUUCUUUUUUACUUCACUUUUUAACCAGUGUUUGUGCUUAAAUAAAAUG